AUGCUGCUUUCAAAGCUUAGUCCACUUAAGCAUCUUUUUCCUUCGCUGUCAUUGAAUACAUCUCAUUUAUUUUAUAACGCUCGCCAUUUCUCCAUAACCUCUCCAGCUUUAGCAACAUUAAAUCAAAUCAGAAGAGGUGUUACUCCCCCAAAACGUAAAAGAAUCACAGAAUCUCCUGCAUUAGACAAAUGUCCGAUUCGUAAAGGUGUUGUUUUAAGAGUUAUGAUUCUUAAGCCUAAAAAGCCAAAUUCUGCGCAAAGAAAGGCUUGCAGGGUUAGAUUAACCAACGGUAAUAUUAUAUCGGCUUAUAUACCAGGAGAAGGACAUAAUGCUCAAGAACACAGUAUUGUUUACGUUCGUGGGGGUCGUGUGCAGGAUCUACCUGGUGUGAAAUAUCAUUUGGUCCGUGGAGCGGGAGAUCUGGCAGGUGUCGCAAACAGAAUUACGUCUAGAUCCAAGUACGGUGUUAAGAAGCCACAGGCUGACUGA